AUGCCGGCUCUUCCAAGAAAGAACAUGUCAAAGGAGACGGAGGGCUACGUUGUCUCUUCUCUGAAAGCUAUGAAGCACAUUAUAAAAACGCAUCCAAACGUCAACCCCAUCAGCAAACACUUCUUGCAGCAAAUGAAACUCAUUCUGAAAAUCAACGAUCUUCGCCCGAAAAAACAGCGUCGAGAUGAAAUCGUCAGAAUCGCAUGGGAUGUUAAUCUAUGGGCAGUCGAGAACAGACUUCUGGAUGGCAGAAACAAACCACGACGACGACAAAGAUUGACAAAUUGA